AAUCGUGUGAUAUCACCAAACCUUACCAUCGUUUGCCAGAAAAGAUAAGAUUUUUCGCUUGAACCUCCGAUUCUCCCAUAAGGAAUUAAAGACCACUGAUCUUCAUUCAAAUUCGUUGCAAAUCUUUUGUUGCUAUAUACAAACCGUUCAUUCGAUGUUACCAAGUUUUAAAUAGUUUUCUACCAGAACUACAGAACAUUUUCGCUAUGAGUUUCCCGGCGGCUUCCCGCGGUAUUACUGUUCCUUUAUUACAGUGCAAUUCUUGCUUCCAUUCCCGCUUCCAGCCUCUGCUAUCUUUAUCGGCAGUUUCUCGUCGGAAAUCCAUCAAUUUUCCUACGAAACGCUUGCUCAGGAUUGAGUUCAAUUUGAAGCGAGGUGUAAUUUUCAGACUCAGAGCAACAGAAACAGGACCUGAUAGAAAUGAAGACGAGGAAAAGAAGCUGAAUGAAGAAGAAAACUGCUCGGGCUCAAUUGACUCAGCUUCAUCAGAUAACUCUCAGUCAAGCUCUUCGCCUGAUCAAGAUAAUGGAAUAAAGUUUGAGCUGCCUGAAUCUAAUGACAAAGUUAACAGCAAUAUUGUAGAUAUGAAUUCCCAAUUGGAAAAUGAGGAUUCCACUGAGAAUCAAGUUGCAAGCGGAUCUCCUCUGCCAGGUCUAAUGCCGCAGCCACUUGACAAAGCUGUAAGGAUUCCAAAGGAAACUGUCGAUAUUUUGAGAGAACAAGUGUUUGGUUUUGACACUUUUUUUGUGACAAGUCAGGAACCAUAUGAGGGUGGAGUUUUAUUUAAUGGGAAUCUUCGUGGGCAGGCUGCUAAAAGUUACGAAAAAAUAUCAACAAGAAUGAAGGACAGAUUUGGAGAUGCGUAUAAAGUAUUUCUUCUAAUAAAUCCAAAGGAUGAUAAACCCAUAGCAGUUGUAAUCCCAAGAAUAACCUUGCAACCUGAUACAACGGCAGCUGUCCCAGAAUGGUUUUCCGCAGGUGCUUUUGGAAUUGUGACAAUUUUUACCCUUCUUCUUCGUAAUGUGCCUGCAUUGCAAUCUAAUUUGUUGUCCGUUUUUGACAACUACGACUUGUUGGUGAAUGGCCUUCCUGGAGCACUAGUAACUGCACUCAUCCUUGGUGUCCAUGAAAUUUCCCACAAACUAGUUGCACAAAAAUCUGGAGUUAAGCUAGGCAUACCGUAUUUUGUUCCUAGCUGGCAGAUAGGUUCAUAUGGUGCAAUAACAAGGAUAUUAAACAUAGUGCCUAAACGGGAAGAUCUUUUGAAGGUUGCAGUGGCUGGACCUUUGGCUGGGUUCUCAAUAGGAUUUAUUCUUUUGCUUUUGGGAUUCAUCUUACCACCUACUGAUGGCAUAGGUGUGGUUGUCGAGCCCACUGUGUUGCGCGAAUCAUUUAUAGUCGGGGGUAUAGCUAAGCUGCUUCUCGGAGAUGCAUUGAGGGAAGGCGUCCCCAUAUCCUUAAACCCGCUGGUGCUAUGGUCUUGGGCUGGCCUUCUCAUCAAUGCCAUUAAUAGUAUCCCAGCAGGAGAGCUAGACGGUGGAAGAAUCUCUUUCUCCAUAUGGGGGAGAAAGGCUUCCACACGCCUCAGUUCUAUCUCCAUUGGACUUCUUGGGAUAUCAGCAUUAUUCAGUGACGUGGCAUUUUACUGGGCAGUUCUAAUAUUCAUAUUACAGAGAGGACCGGUUGCUCCACUGUCUGAAGAAAUUUCAGAUCCGGACAACAAAUAUGUAGCUCUUGGUAUCGCAGUCAUGCUAAUGGGUCUUCUUGUAUGCUUGCCAUAUCCUUUCCCUCUCAACAAUAGUGAUGCUACUUUUAUGAGCUCCUUAGACAUGCUGUAAUAUAAUAAAAAUAAUAAUUGUAAUAAUACUGAUAGUAAGAGCAACAACAACAAUCUGCUGGGAACAGACAAAGCAGCACCCAUUUUGUCCAAGAAUUAGUUAUGCUUGCGAAUGCAUUGAAAGUUUAUAAUUAUUUUUUGUAUAUUUGUGAUUUUGUUUCACUUGACA